AUGCAACUAAUCCUUGUAACCCUACUGCUCUCCCUCUCCUUGGCUAUUACCGUCCCUUCAUUUGAGGAGGCACCUGCUGCGGAAGAGACCAUAAUUUCUCCUAACUCUUGUGCGGGAGUCUGUGAUGAACUGUCAUAUUCUAUAUGCGGCAAGAAUGCAGACGGAGCCUUUACAAUUUUUGACAACGCUUGCUUGCUCCGCAAGGCAAAUUGUGAUGGACUCUCCUUCGUUCAGGUGCCACGCGAGGAAUGUUCUGACACGCAAGUAAUCAGAAAUUAUGAUUCCGAUGAUGAAGAGAAGGAUAGUGAUAAUGAUGACGCUCUGAAGACUGUCAAUCACCCCUAUAGGCCUCCCAAAGGGAGCCUGGGCAAGAAGAAGGGCCAUAAGAAGGGCAACAAAAAAGACAACAGCAAGGGUAAGAAGAAGGGCAAAAAGAUCUGGUAA